AUGUACUACCCUGACGAUAGCAGCAGCGGUAGCAGCUAUGGCAGCGACAUGGAUGCAAGCCGCCCAUCAACUGCCGCCCACAUCCCAGCAGCUCGCAGCGCCCAGUCGGUUGAUCUCGACGACCGACUGCGCUCACUACCAGACAACCGCUCGCUGCCCAACAUCAAGAUCAAGGUCAAAGACCGGAGCCGAAACCGCCUAAAGUACGCUGGCCAGGGCUACACCGGCUCAUACAGCAGCCAUGACGACAGCGACGGCAGCGUCUGCGAUAAUCCGUCUGUAAAUGAGAUAGUAUAUCGCAGAGCCCCAGCGCUCUCCAAGCGCAUGAUCGGCGCCGCCCGGCUCAGCGAGAUGAUGUACGGCAGACGCCGACACCGCGCCGCCGAAGAAGCAGCCAUGGCCGAGGAGCGGCGGAAGCAGGCGGAACUGCGGCUGCUCGAAGAAGGCAAGCGCAAGCGCAAGAAGCGCCACCGCAGGCAGCUGAAUGUUAUCAGGACGGGCAUUGACGGGGAUCUGCAGACAUCGCAGACAAUGGAGCAGUCCGCCAUGCCCGCAGCCGACGGUCUGGCACUGGACAACAAGGAGCUGCCCGAGAAGCAGAUAUUGCAGGAGCAGAUCGCAGACAAGCCAAAGCAGCUGCUGUCGACCAGCGAUGGCGGACCAGAGUCCGAGUUCAACCUGCGCAUGUCGUUUGCCUCGGACAUGGACAGCGACGAAGAGUUCAAUGGCCUAUUGGCGCCGGGUGCCUUCGGCGACGAGAAGCAGAAGGAGCUGGCCGACGGCAACAAGUUCCGCCGCAUACUGGGCGCCAAGGCGCAUGAGCGCGAAGCCCGCUUGUUCAAGCCCGUGGUGUUCGAUCCGAACCGCGGCAACGCUGCCAACGGGGCGUCGUGGGCGCAAAACGACCAGGGCGGAGAAGGUUUCAAGUUCCCGUUCUGCUGCUGCGGAGCCAAAUACUGCGUGGCGGCGACCUUCGCCAUGAUCGUGCUGCUGUCGAUCGUCGGCUUCUUCCUCUGGCCGCGCGUGCCGUCGAUCUCGAUCUCCAGCCUGUCGGCGCUGGAACCGGCCAAAAUCACAUACGACAAACAGGAGAGCCUGUUUGGCAUCAUGAUGCCGCUGCAGAUAAACUAUGCGAUCAACAGCGGCAAUUUCUACCCGCUGGUCAUCAGCAGAGUGCACGUGCUUGGGUUUAACGGCGUCACCGGGAACAGAAUCAUCGAGACCGAAAUACUUCGCCUGGAGUCGCUGCCGCAGACGCUGCAGUUCCACUCGGCCAACACCACCAUGCAUUACCUGACAUCGGACAUGAGCGAUCCGGCCCUGGUCGAUCUGUUUGCCAAGUGCGCGCCCAAGUCGUCGGGCCUGCAGAGCAGCGACCUCGAGCGGUCAGGCAAGCUCAGCAUCCGCUUCCACAUCAAAGUCGAUGUCGGCAACUUCGGCUGGCUGAAGCAGCCAGUGGUCACUCUCAACCAGCAAGUAGAGUGUCCGGAAUAA